AUGAUGGACGAAAGCUCAGCCCAUUUUCACCCGAAACGAUAUAGAAGGUCUCUUGAACUGCGUCAACCUGAACGUGGUAUGAAAGCCAAACGGCUGCUGUUCAACGCGAUUCAGCCGUCCUCUUCUGGUGAGGUCGGCCUACGAAUCUCUUCCUCGUGCACUUUCAUGCGAAAUGAAAGUCUCCCAACCAUACGAAAAGUAGAUGCGCCUCGAGCAAUCUCUCGAGAUAACAGUGCUGCGAAGUCUUUCAUUUCGAUAAAAGUGCAUGAUGAAGAGAUUCAGGAGUCGACAUCACCGAAAGAGGACAUCCCAUUGCAAUUGACCUGCAGUCAUUUGAUGUUACUCCGACGUUCAAUCUGA